CACAGCUUUAGUGAAUUGAUUGUUCUUGCUUCGAUUGCCAAAGUCCUUCCAGAGCUCCUGUGGCGGUGAUGGUUGUAUUUGGGCUUUGGAUCAUAAAUAAAGCUGGAGGAUUGGUGUAUCAGCGGAACUUCAAUGAAGGGCUAGUCCAACUGUCACAAAACGAGUAUCUUGUGCUUGCUGGUACUCUGCAUGGCAUACAUGCUAUCACGAGUAGGCUUUCUCCAGCUGGCAGUAGUUCUGGUGCCCAAGUUAUUGAAGGAGAAACAUUCAAAAUGACUAUCUUUCUGACAUCAACGGGGACCAAAUUUGUUCUCCUGACUACGAUUCCGGACAACACUGCGGAUACUUUGUUGCCAAGGAUUUAUGAAUCUUAUUCUGAUUUCGCUAUGAAGAACCCUUUCCACACUCCCGAAAUGCCGAUACGGAGCGAAGCUUUCGACCUGCGUAUGACUGCACUAUUGGGCAGCUAA